AUGGAUCCGAACAUCGCAAACAUGCGGCAAUACUACGGGAAGAUGGACUGCGUAGUCGCCGACGUGCCAUGCAGUGGCAUAGGGGCGUUCCGAAGAAACCCUGAUCGCAAGUGGACUUUCACCGUCGAACAGGUUACUGAGUACACGGCAUUGCAACGCUCUAUAGUUGACAAUGCUCUGCUGUUCCUCAAGCCCGGAGGGCGGCUGGUAUACAUCACUUGUAGCAUAUUUGAGGAAGAGAAUCAGCUCCAGGUGAAUUACUUCUGCAAGAGACACGGGCUGGUGCACACCCAGCCUGUCACGCUGCAGCUCCCGGAAUCUCGGGGCAUGAAUGGAUACUUCCUCGCCGUUCUGCAGCGCGAGAAAACAUAA